CAGACAAUGCAUGCCGCGGGCGCAGUUGCGUCGGUGCUGGCACUGCUCGUAGCAAAUGGGACCUCGGUGCUGGAUUGUGUCUGCAACCACCUCAUCAACCUUACUGACCAUGGCAGACACUGGAGAAGCGAAAUCAGUGAGAGUGAACAUCAGAUAUGGCUGGAGUACUGUCAAUAUUUCGGUUUUACGACAUGGAAUGGAACGUGACAACGCUACAAACUGAUCAUCUGAGGCGCCCUAUCCUGUCGCAGUCACUGUACGCUGUUCGCCGCAUCACAAGAGCCAUUCUCGCCAGGGGACAAUGUGAGCAGUAUCACCGACCUGAUUUUUUGCGGAGGGACUUGAACAAAACUGAAUUACGAGCCCUGGAGGCGGUUUACCGAGAACGCCUCUCCAACUACUGGCGAGACUUCGCGCUGCUAGUUUCAUUUGGUGUGGCGCACGUCUCACAGCUAUUGGUUCCCCUCGCAUUCGAACAUGUGGGUAACCACAUGAGUGAGCAGAAACUCCACGGCUGGAUUAAGCAUGCGGAACGUGUGAAAGACAUGCUACACACGAAAUUGAGCGGAUGGGUACACGACAUGCAAUCCGUCAGCAAACAGACAGCGUACUACGAGACAGAAGAAGAAAAGGAGAGGCCCGGGUACUUUAUAUUCAGGCGACCGCUGUUGAAUGAUGGCCUACUGAACUAUCAGCCGUCAUACCUUUCCUUUUACGAUGACAUGAGUGUGCUAUGCCAAGAGAGACAGCCAGAGGCAUCGAAAAUGUUUGGUGUCGCCGAUGCGCUGUACGCCUUCUCUCAUAGCUACUGGUAUAAUACAGUAUGGUUCUUCAAUCAACGCCACGCGCAUUACACCGAACCUGUGGAUGAGGAGUGGCAGCUGGAGGACAGAAGCAACAUUACGCUCUCGGUGGAUACUAACUGCAUGCACCUGUUGGCGAACGCCCUGGACCACCCCACGUGUCCGCUGGAAGACCUGCAAUUGGAAGCCGUUAAGCAGUCCGAGCAGUGCCGUGUGCAGCUGUGGGACGACAUGGUUCAGAGGUCGCCCGACAUACCUGUGACCAGCUACCUGGCUUACACGCAAAGGGCAAACGUCAACCUCUGUUUGCUGGCCUGGAUGGCAGUCACUUCAUUCAGCAUUUGUCAGGACAUCCCAUUUAGUAUGAUACAAUCCGUGCACGAUGCUCGCUGCUAUUUCGAUUGUCCUGACGACCAAUCGUGUCUGGAAUCUAACGCUACAGAUGCCAUCUGCGCUGUUUCCAGAGCUAUUCUGUUGCUGAAGUGUCGCGACUUUUCCUCGUUUAAGCCUCCAGAGAAGUGUGGCGUCAGACUUUACCCAGAUGAAUCGUACUCAGUGAUGUUUAAUAUAACGAACCUUUUUGGCCGCGAAGAACAUCAAAAGCCAACAGAAAUAGCUCUGAACUACAAAAACAGUUUAAUCAGCGCCACCUUGAAAUACAAGGAUUUCAAAAUAGACCGCUUAAAGCCUUUAGAAAUCUCAUUUAUAUCGGUAAAUAUUAUUUUCCGCUUUUUGACUGCCGCAGUAUAUUUGUACCUUCCCAACUUACGUAAUUUGCCAGGAAAGAUAUUUUUGGCGUUUCAGAUAACCGGUAUAAUCCAGAUUCUGUGUUCUGAGGUCGUGUAUCGUAUGGCUGGUUUCCCUGACUUAUCUACAGCAGUGCUGAUCGAUAGCGCCCUCACACUUCUCAGCUGUAUCUGGCUAAACUCAUUCUGCUACCAAAUGUAUGCUUGUGUUCGUCACCUUAAGCUUCCUAACGACCUACUGCCUGCCGAAGUAACGAAGGUAUUCCGUCUUCAGGUGCUGUGUGCACUAAUACCAUGGAGUUUAGCAUGUGCAGCAACUUCUGCUUUGGAAAAGGUUAACAAAUAUUAUCUGAUGUACAGUCGGAUAAUAUUCCUCGUAGGGAUUUCACUCUCAGUAGCUUUGAAUUUGGUUUUUAUUGGACUGGUGGGAUACAUUUACUUACGUAAUAAGAAAUCCAUGACUCGACUCAGAAUCUACAGUAACAAAAAAUAUGGCUCAAAAAAAGAAAUCGUUUUUAUGUUGGUUAAGAGUGUGUUCUUGAGCGGGAUAGGUGUGAUUAUUAGGAUAGGAUUUCAUCAGGCACAAGGAGUAGCACAGUUUGUGUACUAUGUACACAUAACUACGAUGAUGCAGGGACCACUCCUGUUCGUAUUUUUCAUUUGCAACGGUACAACGCUACCUGUACUCAAGAAUAGGUUACUAGCGUGGCUGAACCCAAACAUCACCAUUCCAGAGCAUGAGCUGUGUUCGGCAGCUGAGAGAAAUCUGGAAAGGAGGAGAAAUGAACAUUCUCUGGCUGCGAGACCCACGUUGUAGUCUCCAUGAGUGUUCAUCUCUUCAUUGUAGACCAUGCUAAGGCCUGUGAUUAGCUAUAAAUAUAGAAUCUGUCUGAAGUGACAAAAUUAACAGCGUCCGCUAACAAAUAACAAGUGACUCGGUUUUCUAAUUUACCCUUUAUAUAAAAUCAUGUGCUUAUUUGAACAUGGUAGCAUCUGUUUGUGUAUAGUAAAGGACUCUAGUAAUUAAUUAGUUGUGUGAAAUAUAACCCGAAGUGAAUGCAAAGUGUUAAAGGACGAUGUUCCACGAGACUAGAGUAAUGGCGUCUAUGAGUCGGGAUGUUGACUUGAUGAGUGAGAGAUACAUGAAGGUACUGUAGCGUACGUUAAAAAGUAAUGUGUAAUCUGUGUGCUAGUCUUAAACAGGGAAGAACAUUAUGUAAAAAGGCAUUUAUACAAACAGUAUUCUGAUAUGAAGGACUUGUGCCGGAAUUUGAACUAUAAGGGCUUAUGUUCUUCCUGAAGUUAAACUAUAAUGGAAUAUUAUGUACAGCUUACACCGAGGUGAGGAAGUCAUGGGAUGCUUUACAAUAUCGUGCCGUACCUCCUUUUAUCCGGCAUAGUGCAGCAACUUGCGUGGCAUGAACUCAACAAGUCUUGGGAAGUACACUGCAGAAAUGAUGAGUAAUAUUGCGUCUACAGCCGUCCAUAACUGCAGAAGUGUUGGCAGUGCAGGAUUUUGUGCACAAACAGACCUCUCCAUGAUGUCCCAAACAUGUUCAAUGGGAUUCACGUCGGGCGAUGUGGGUGGCUAAAUCAUUCGCUAGAAAUGUCCAGAACUUUCCUUAAACCAGUCGUCAACAAAUGUGACCCGGUGACGUGGCGCACUGUCAUCCAUGUAAAUUGCAUCGUUGUUUGCGAACAUGAAGUCCACGAAUGGCUGUAGAUGGUCUCCAUGUAGUCGAACACAACCAUGUCCCAUGUACACACAGCCCAUACCAUUAUGAAGACACAAACAGUAUUCACCGUGCCUUGUUGACAACUUGGGACCAUGGCAUCGUGGGGUUUGCGCAUCCUCGAACCCUACCAUCAGCUCUUACGAACUGAAAUCGGGACUCAUCUGAUCAGGCCACGGUAUGGCAGUCGUCUACAAUCCAACCCAAAUGGUCACGAACCCAAGAGAGGCUGUACAGACGAUGUCGUUCUAUUAAUAAAGUCAAUCGCUGCACUGUCUUAACGCAUAUGUUUAUCAUCCGUCCUACAUUCUUUUCUGCGAUUUUUUCAAGCCCUUUCGCUUGUCUUUUAGCACUGUAACUCUACACAAAACCGUGCGAGGUAGAGCAGUGGUUAGCACACUGGACUCGAAUUCGGGAGGAUGACGGUUCAAUCCCGCGUCCGGCCAUCCUGAUUUAGG